AUGUCUUACAAAGGUGGAGGAGCUAGCGGGAGCGGGAAGGGGAAAAGGGAACGCGGCCCUACAGUGCUGGUCACGGACUCCCGCGACCCGGCAUACAACCCCGGACGUGGCGACUCUCAAAAUAACGCUUCCUCCCGCUUCAUAACUGUCGAUAACAUUCUCCAGUACACAUCUGAUGUCCCUUCAAUGCAACAGCGACAACCGCCCCCCGGUUUCCGAGCGCGACCUCGCUCGAGGUCGGGGGUGCUAGCAAGUGCCGCGGCAUCAACUGAUCUUAGGGGGUCCAGUAGCAUGGACCCGAGGUUGAGAGCGGUGGGCAGACUGGCAGCGUUGCAACAUUUACCACCGCGAUCAACUAAAGUCAGUGAGAAAUUGGUGUUGCUUCCGGAAACAGUGACCGAGGAAGGAGAGACUGGGGAAGAGGAAGAGGAAGAGCGAGACGAAGGGUAUGAAGGAUUCGAUGGUGCUGUAGAUGAAGAACGUGGGCCACGGAUACCGGCAUCUGCAGCUGAAAGAGCCCGUCGGAUUGCUGCUAGUAAAAAACAAAAAGUCCACAAAGCGCUCGGAGAUUUCGAUCAGGAUAACGAAGCUUCGCCACUUCUAGCGGAGGAGGAGCGUCUGAAACGGCGUCGUGUUCCUCCUGAGAGAGCGAAGAGUUAUGCGGAACGUUUGUCCAAGGCUCAUCGUGCAAAGAAGCUCCCCCGUGUUACGGCCUAUUGCACAGCGCAGGGCUACAAGAUUAGUUCCACUGCUGCAUUUGUGAAAGAGUAUCAUGGCUCGAGGACGAAAUUGUAUGAUGACUGCCUGUAUACCGCGUAUCAUUUGCCCCUGUUGCCUGGGAAGGGGGGUUAUAGGAUUCGGAGUAGCCCGAUUCUGAAAAGUGCGGGCGGCAAAGCUGUUCUAGAUGAGGAGAUCGAGAGGAACGAGCGGAGGGAUUACCAUGAUGAAUACUAUGCGGAGGAAGAUGAACAUUCCGUCAAAGCUCAUGGGUUUGACGGUGCGGGAUCCGAAGACCGGACAGCACAGCGCGAAAGCGACGGUGAGGGACGAGCGGAAACAAAUGGUGUCACAGCCCAUGAAGAGCAGGGACAACACAACCGCGCGGAUAAGGAUCGGAACGCAGCCAAUCUACCCCCAGCAAUUUCCGUAGCCAGGAUCCCGCCCAAUGCCUUGGCAUUUGCAGAAAUGUUCAUCUUCAGCUAUGGGGUUGUCGUCUUCUGGAACUUCACGGAAAGGGAAGAAAAGGAUGUCCUAGCCGAUCUCGCCUUCGCUUCGUCAGAAAGAGGGGGAGCCCCCAUACCCCUAGCCACCGCGCCAUUACCUGAGGAGGACUUUGAAACGGAGGAAUUUCAUUUCGAAUACUCCGAGAAGAUAUCUCGACCCCGUGUGUACAACGACAUGAUAACGUUGCGCAGUGGAGGCCAUAUGAUCAAGCUUGCCAUUAGCCACGGGAUAGCACAGAGCACGAAGCUGAGCUUCUUCGAGGAGGUGAUGGCGAGGCAGAUGGCUGAGGCGAAGGACGUGCCUCGAAGGCUGGCGCUGACGGGCCACCUAGGAAUGAAAAGGGAGGAGGUAUUUCGCAUACUAGGGAAAUUGUUUAGGAGUAGAGUUGAGGUGAAUUUAUCGUCGAACAUGCUUGACGUGCCUUCCUUUUUCUGGGAUAGCGAACCUACUCUCCAUCCCCUGUACAUUGGCGUGCGGGAAUACCUAGAAAUCAAGCCUCGCAUUCAAGUCCUGAACGAGCGGUGUAGAGUCUUCCUCGACUUGGCUGAAAUCUUGUCGGAUUCUAUUGCGGAUAGUCAAAUGUCGCGCCAAACAUGGAUCAUCAUCGUGCUCAUCGGCAUUUCGAUCAUCGUCACCAUUUCGGAGGUUAUCUUGCGCUUCGGUAUGUUGUCUACACGCUCAUCCACGACAGCCCAGCCUUCUCAGAUGGUACACCAAGCAUAUGGCUACGGGCCUGCAAGCCUGUGCUAG